CACGAUCGAGAGAGAGAGAGAGAGAGAGAGAGAGAGAGAGAGAUCCCCAACUCCCACCUAGAAUAGCAAGGCAUCUUCAACUACCAGUCCAACUUCCCUUUCACAAGAACAAAAAUGGAAGGAGAAGAAGCGCUGUAAUCUGAUCUGAAAGGGUAGUAGGAGAAACAAACUGAACUAAAAACAAUUUUCUUUCAUAUAUAUGCUGCAUCUGCCCUGUUGUUGGUCUCGUUAGCAAAGGAUUAAGGUUGAAACUGUUUUCUCCUGCAGCCGAUUCCUUAUGUCCAGUAAUGGCAGGUACGAGUAUGUUCAGCUGGACACGCUCAUCUCCUUGUCUCACAGGACUGCUAGCACAGUCGGCUACUGUGACUCACCAUGGACGGAGCUCAAGGCACAGAUGCGGCUCCUUGCACCAUCAAUUGCCAUUACAUUCAUUCAGUAUUCAUCCACUGUCAUAACCGACUCGAUUGCUGGGCACCUUGGACAGUUCGAGCUUGCAUCUCUUGCUAUUGCUUAUACAUUUAUGCGACUGGCAUAUGGCGUCCUGUGAAUCGAAACACAUAUAAACCGCCUACUGAAACAUUUAGUUCUCAGGCGAGUAUGGGAAAUGCUCUGGAGACUCUAGGUGGGCAAGCAUUUGGUGCCGGAGAGUAUGACAUGCUUGGGAUAUAUGCACAGAGAUCAAUCAUAAUCCUGCUAGGUGCAGCAUUCCUUCUUUCAAUACCUUGUUUCUUCUCAGAACCACUAUUGAAGAUUUUUGGCCAAUCUGCUGACAUUGCAAAAGAAGCAUCGUUUCUGCUGAAGUGUAUGCUUCCUCAGCUGUUUGCCUCUGCCCUCAACUUCCCUCUGCAGAGGUUUCUAUAUGCGCAGAGUUUGAUCAUCCCUUUGCUUUGUAUCUCCGUUAGCCUGGUCUUGCCGCAGAUGCUUUUAAGUUGGGUUGCGGCAUUUAGGCUGAAUUUGAGCUUGGUUGGGAUCAUAAUUGUGCAGAAUGUUUCCUGCUGGUUGUUCACAGCCAUCCAAUUUCUCUACAUCACCAAUUCUGAUUCAUGCAAGAGUUCAUGGAGAGGAUUCUCAGUGUGUGCAUUCUAUCAGCUUACAAGUUUUCUGCAAUUAUCACUUUCCUCUUCAAUAAUGAUUCUAUUGCAGACGUGGUAUUAUCAGAUCCUCAUAUUUCUAGCAGGAACUCUAAGUGAUCCAGAGGUUGAAAUAGAUGCGUUGACAAUAUGCAUCAACCUAAUCUGCAUGGAGGUGAUGGUGCCAUAUGCAUUCAAUAUCACGACAAGCAUAAGAGUUUCCAAUGAACUUGGAGCAGGAAACUCACAAGCAGCAAGCUUCUCAGCUUUUGUAGCGAUGGUUGGAUCUUCAGUUGUUAGUGUGCUUGUUGCUGUUAUUUUUCUUCUCUUGAGAAACAAUUUAGGAUACCUCUUUACCAACAGCACCACUGUUGCAAAGAAAGUCUCUGAACUGGUACCAUAUUUAGCUGCGACCAUAAUUCUCAAUGGCCUACAGCUGGUUCUUUCAGGUGUUGCUACUGGUACUGGAUGGCAGUCCUAUGUGGCCUACGCAAAUAUUCUAUCGUGCUACUUGGUAGGUUUGCCGCUUGGCCUGGUUAUCUGUUUUGCAUUCCACAUGGGAAUCACUGGAAUUUGGUCUGGAAUGAUAGCUGGAUCAACAUUACAAAUACUCAUUGUGCUCUAUAUGACAUGGAACGCCAAUUGGAGUGAACAGGCCAAUCAAGCCAUUGGGUUCUUGAGGACUUUGAGGGAGAACAGUAGUUGCAAUAUCAAUAUAUAGAUGGAAACAGACAAAGGUUACAGAAAUAAAAACACUCAUUGUAUAGAGAAGAUUGAGGGCACUAGGCCCCUCUGUACAAUCUAUAAAUAGGAAUUGGUGUUGAAGAA